CGCCGUCAGCUGGACUCCACACUUGGAACAGCCCAGCCGCCUCUGUGUCCGCAUGUAGCUGAAGCCGCUGCUCCGUUUCUGUGUCUGUGUUUUGUCUGAAACAUGUCUGUAGUAAAAACGGGUUUAAGGCUGCUGGUGUUCGCCGCAGUCGCCGUCCUCUCCGUGCUGCUGCUGCGGCACUGGAUGGCCAACAAGAAGUACGUUUUCAACAAAGAAGACGUCGCCAGACUGGCCAAACAGUACGCAGGACAGGACCAUGAGCAGGCUUUCUCCAAAGUGGUGGUGGAGCUCAGGAAAAGGUAUCCGGGCCACAUCCUGCCAGAUGAGGACCUGCAGUGGGUGUUUGUGAACGCUGGAGGCUGGAUGGGCUCCAUGUGUCUCCUCCAUGCUUCCCUCACAGAGUACCUGCUGUUGUUUGGUACCGCCGUGGACACCGGAGGACACUCAGGUCGUUACUGGGCAGAGAUUUCUGACACCAUCAUCUCCGGCACCUUCAGACAGUGGAAAGAGGGAACAACCAAGAGUGAAAUCUACUAUCCUGGUGACACCAUCGUACAUGCUGUAGGAGAGGCCACGUCGGUCCAGUGGAACGCUGGGACGUGGAUGGUGGAGUACGGCAGAGGUUUCAUCCCCUCCACUCUGGGUUUUGCUCUUGCAGACACCCUAUUCAGCACCCAGGACUUUGUCACCAUGUUCUACACUGUCCACGUCUACGUCAAGGCUCUGCUGCUGGAGGCCGGUACACUACUCACAGAGGCUGGAGUCUUCUGAGGCGGUAGAGGCUCAGACUCAAGGACAGGAAUGUCAAAAGUUCACCUUGUCAUGCCAUUUCGUCCCUGACUGCACUGAGGGAAAAAAAAACUGUGCUGAUAAAGUGCAAAACAUUUCAUAUUUUUACCCUGAAGUUGUAGACAAUCCAAAAUUGCAUCAGUAGAGUUUAACUCAUGUUCAUUCAAGUUCUACACAAGAAAAUGUUUAACUCCACCUCAACUUGUGGUCUCAACUUUUCCCACAGGACAUCAAACUGAUCUGAAACUAGCCAAAAUCACACACACCCAAGAGCAUUUCACUCUGAAACAAGCCCUGACCCGUUGCCUGGAGUUUGGCGAUGACACUGCAUCUUCCACCACUCAGUAAGCAUUCCUGUUAGAGCUCAGACUGCCUCAGUAUAGUCACUGAAGUCUUCAUAUCAGUAUUUAAAAUCUGGCCUUACAACUUCUUUUGCCAAAUCUAAGAUUCAUCUGAUAAAAUAUGUCCAUGCAUUUUGGAGUAUUAACGAGUAACUUCAGAUCGUCAAACUCUGACUUUCAGAAGGGUUGCUGAUAAUUGUACGUUUGCGGACCAAGGACUUACUUAAAAAAUAAAUAUGCAAAGCUUAAUUUGCCAUUCAGAGCAAACAAAAAGUACAUAAUGCACACAAAGCUACUAUUUUCUUAUCAGAUACCCAUUUCUUGUUUAUAUGCGUGGGGAUUCUCUGCAAAUGGGGGUCCUGAACUUAGCUUUAAGAAGAUCAGAGUCAUUAGAAACCAGCAGAAAGAAGCGCUGAUGCCAGGCUGCUCCUGGCAUUUGGCACCAUUUCCUCAUUCAUAGCUGACCUGUUUGCACUAUGUAUAUUUUUCUGAAAAUGUUUAAGACUUGAGAGGAUGUGCUGAUGAUGAGAACUGCCUGGACGAUGCGUGUUGUGAUCUCAGAUUCUUGUCAGCUGAGGGACAACUAGAGGUUUUAUUUUUCUAGUUACUGUCUUGGUGUGUGGUCGACUUCUUCAGAGCUUCAGUGCAGCGGCGGCAGAUUUCAAGCAAUUUUAAAGCGGGAAUUUGCACGCUUUUCUUCAAAAUUCAAUAUUGUUUUCACACUAAAAUCUUUUAAAACUAAUCAAAGCUGCAGCCCGUGACUUUUUCUUUUUAAAUUGCAAAGAAGAAAAUACUCAGCUGCAGAUGUGUGUUUGGAGGAAGUCCUUUAAAAUGAAAAACACUGCAAUUCUUCACACUGUAACUGUUUCAUCGGGAACUUUUAUGGCUCAGAUAUACUGGGGAGAUCAUCUUGAAUACUAUUUGGACUCAGCUCUUUGGCAGCUUUUGUUCAUGGUCUGGAAUUUUGCACAAACACAGUCUUAAUAUAACGCUGAACAGAAACUUAACCGUGUCUUUUUUUUUCUCACUUUUUCACAAGGUUUCAGUUAAACAAAAAGUAUACUGUGGUUAACUAAAGUAGUAAAUGUAUUGCUGUACCAGAUGUGCAACUUACUGGGGGUAAAGAUAGAAACUGACGGUGCCAGACGAAAUAAAUGUUUUUGAAAUAAAAUCAAACAUGCCUCCUUUA